AUGAAAAGUAAAACAGAUAAAUUAUCAGAAAUGACUACGGAACAGACCAACUAUUCUGAAAAGUUCCAAAAAAUUGAAAGUAUUGAAAAAGAUGACAUAAAGAACCACAAAAAUGGAACAAGUAAUUCUCCUAACGAUCACAAAAAAUUGAAGCAUGUUAUGAGAGAAAAAGUUUUUGAAAUGCGUAACUCGACACUCACUGAUCUCUUUAGUGAAAUUAAGCAUGUCAAAACAAUUUACAAUUGUUUCGUAGCAUUGUUCUUGAUUGCGUUUUUGAAUACAGCUGUUUAUGAUAUUCUUCAAAAUGGAUCUCUAAGCCUCGGAUUUUUGACGAUAAAAUUAGGGUUCGGAAAAAUGACAACUGUUAUAAAAAUUUGGUGUUUUAUGGUGGCUUCAUCUUACAGUGUGUAUUAUUUCUACAAUUUCUACGCUCAUCAACGAAUUAAAUUAUCACCAAAAUCAUUUCAGUUAAAAAUUUGGGAUUACACGUGGUUCUUGCUGUUUGUUGGAUAUCAACUAACGUUCUUAGUUCUGCCGGCACACAUAAUUUUAAAAUCCCAGCUUCCGCCUCCUUCUACCACCAUCGUAUUAAUGGAACAGGUCCGCAUGAUUAUGAAAAUUCAUGCGUUUAUUCGAAGCACUGUUCCAUCAGUAUUGAAUCGUAAAUUACAUGACGGAAGUGGAGAUCUUAUUCCAAAAUUCAAUAAAUUUUCGUACUUUAUGUUUGCACCGACUUUGAUUUAUCAAGAUAAUUAUCCGAGGUAA